CCCUUAACCAUGCCCAGAUCUGCUAAUGAGAUGAAAGACGCUUUCAUUACAGCUCAGGAUAAAUCAGGCGACUACCCUUGUCCUCUCCAUCAAGACCCAUGGUUAGCUACAAGUGGGUGCAGAUCCUAGGAGAGAACAAGGUCAAAACAUCUCGGGAGAGAGCGGGAGGGAGGGUGAGCUGUCUGCCUGAGGUGUCUGCAGGUAGGUUCAUCCCUCUCAGUCCAUGCAAAGCCCUUGGAGCUGCAGCCCAUGGUGGCCAGGGUUCAAUUCUGCUCCUCCCUGGAUGAAUGCCAGUAAGAAAUCCUCACUUCUCCCUUGUGUGCAGUGUGCCCUAAGCCUGCUGAGGAACUAAUGCCACUUCUGUUCUCUUCUUUCUUUUCCAGCUGCAAUCAGUGCUGCUGCACACCGAUAGGCCAGUGUACUCCUUUAGCUAAUGCAGCACAACCCUUGAAGGCAAGCAGCAGUGGAGAACAAAAAGGCAUGCUGUGCUCGGCAUAGGACUGAGAGUGCAGAGAGAAAGGGGAAUGCUCAAAAUCUUCACCACUGCCGUCCUCACACCAAGAUACAGCUGCUGCUGUUAAAAUAUUGCUCUUCUUGUGCUCUUCUCAGACAAAGCACAAAUGAGAAGGGAGAAUCAAACCGUUCCACCAGGGUUUGUUUUUAUUGGGUUUUCCUACUUUCCUAAACUCCAGGCUGUGCUGUUUGUGCUGUUUCUCCUCAUGCACGUGGUGACCCUAGUUGGAAAUAUUAUGAUAAUGUUUGUUAUCAGGCUGAAUCAGCAGCUGCACAUGCCCAUGUAUUUUUUCCUAAGUGCUCUGUCCUUCUCAGAAAUCUGUUAUACCUUCUCCAUCAUCCCAAAGAUGCUGUCCGGAUUAGUGCUGGGAACUAGAACCAUUUCUUUCCUGGGCUGCGCUGCACAGAUGCAUUUCUCCUUCAUGUUUGGAUUCACGCACUCUUUCCUCCUGACGGUGAUGGGAUAUGACCGGUACGUGGCGAUCUGUCAGCCCUUGCAUUACAGCACCGUGAUGACCUCCCGAGCCUGCACCCAGCUGGUGGCUGCCUCAUGGGCAGGGGGUGGUCUCCUGGGGCUGCUGGUGACCAGCGCUGUGUUCCAGUUACCGUUCUGCCAGUCCCACCGCAUUGACCACUUCUUCUGCCAUGUGCCCCCCAUACUCCAGCUGGCUUGUGCUGGUGGCGAGGUGGUUGGCACUGUAGUUGGCAUCUUUUGCAUUACUGCCUUGUUGGGAUGCUUUCUGUUCAUCCUUCUCUCCUACGCCUUUAUCCUUGGCUGGAUCCUGCAGAUGCCAUCAGCCAAGGGGAGGCACAAAGCUUUCUCCGCCUGUGCCUCCCACAUCACCGUAGUGGUGGUGCACUAUGGCUGUGCCUCUGUCAUCUAUUUGAAACACCAGUCACCCCGUGGUGCAGGGCUAGUGUUCUGA